AUGUCUACAAAAUUUAUCACACCAUCAAAUUUGACUGCUAAUAAAAAAACAUUUACAAAUGGAGUGAUAACCAAUAAUCAUUCAUCUGUUCAAGCCAACUUCAAAGUUAAAACAGGUCUUGCUCAAAUGUUGAAGGGAGGAGUAAUUAUGGAUGUUGUGAAUGUUGAACAAGCAAGAAUUGCCGAAGAAGCUGGCGCAGUAGCUGUUAUGGCUUUAGAACGUGUACCAGCUGAUAUUAGAAAACAAGGUGGCGUUGCUAGAAUGUCUGAUCCAAAAAUGAUAAAAGAGAUAAAAGCAGCAGUCACAAUUCCAGUAAUGGCUAAAGUAAGAAUUGGACAUUUUGUAGAAGCUCAGAUUUUAGAAGCAAUUAAUGUUGAUUAUAUUGAUGAAUCCGAAGUACUUACACCAGCUGAUGAACAACAUCACAUAAAUAAAAAUAAUUUCAAAGUUCCAUUUGUAUGUGGGGCUAAGAAUUUAGGUGAAGCACUUCGAAGAAUUACUGAAGGUGCUGCAAUGAUACGUACCAAAGGUGAAGCAGGCACAGGAAAUGUGGUAGAAGCUGUAAAACAUAUGAGAACUAUUACAAAUGAAAUUAGAAAAGCUUCAGUUAUGAAUGACGAAGAAUUAUAUUGUUAUGCUAAAGAAAUACAGGCACCUUAUAAUUUAUUAAAAGAGACUGCUGAAUUGAAAAGACUUCCAGUAGUGAAUUUCUCUGCCGGGGGUUUGGCAACACCUGCAGAUGCAGCAAUGAUGAUGCAACUUGGGUGUGAUGGUGUGUUUGUUGGUUCUGGAAUAUUUAAAUCUGGCGAUCCAGCAAAAAGAGCCAAAGCCAUAGUUCAGGCUGUAACUUAUUACAAUGAUCCAAAAGUAUUAGCGAAUGUAUCUGAAGAUUUAGGUGAACCUAUGGUUGGCAUUAAUAUUGAAACAAUACCGACGCAUCAACUUUUGGCUAAAAGAGGAUGCGCUUUUGUACUAGAUCAUGUGGUUUUUUUGUGUUUUAUUGCUUCUAAUUAUAAUUUAAAAACAAACUUUGGGAGAAAUGACGUAUUCGCAGUAGAUACAUCAUCACCAAGAAUAGCAAAUGCACAAUCUAGAGCAUUCUGUGAAGAAGGUACAUACACAACAGCAACUCCAAUACUGUACGAUUCAGGUAAAGUGGUUGGUAUCAGAACUUCUGCUGCUAUAUUAAAUGCAGCUCCAGCUGGAAUUUGA